CUACCAAUGCUUGCAUAUGAUCGAGUCCAGCCCCACCCUUUUGCGUGGGACUUAAAAGAAUUCCAACCCUGAAAUUCAAAAUGGCGGAUAAAGAUAAGGUCGAGAAGAAGAUAGAAGGAAUAGCAAGAGCAGUUACUAAAGAGAAGAGCGAGCACGUCCUGAUACUAGUAAUAUCUGGUCUAUUGAAAGGAAAGGCGCUAAUGAACUUCCAGCAAAAAGUUGAGGAUAUAUUUCGCAAACUCUUCAAAUUCGCCAUUGUGCCGAUCAUAGACGAAAAGAAAGAUUUUAUAGUUGCAGCAUUGAAAGAAGCGACGGAAAGGAAAUAUUAUGAUUCACUUUUCAAUAAUUUUACUGUUUUCUUUCUCUUCCUCACUCCUGUUUAUGUUGAAGGCGAUCGAAAGUACAUUGUCUGCAAAGAUGGACGUAUCUCCAUCAAAGAUGACAUCAUCUCUCCUUUUAAUACCAACUUCUCUCACAAAAAUAAGGUUUUUCUAUUUGAUGGUUGCCUUGAUGAGAGUCAAUCCCCUCCUCGUGAUUUAGUAACAUCAGUUGAAGUUGAGUCUCUCGGUGUUACGGAUACAAAAUGGCUGCCAAAGAACGGGAACAACCUCAUUGCGUUUUCACCUUUCACUGUCGUUCCAAAGGGCAAACCAGACAGCAUUGGAAAAUGGAGUCUUACUUUUAUGGAUAAUCUUGAAAAAUACGUCCUACCGAUUACUUUGAUACUCGACAAGACGUGGGAUGAUCUUGCUCCACCCAUUUCUGGUCCCCAGGAACCUCAUUAUGUCAGUUCAAUGGAGCCAAUACUCUUACACAAAUACGAUUUGAUUGACUUCGAGAAUAGAAAUUCAGGCCCACCAGGAAAUGUCCCACCAGAAGAAAUUGAGGUUCCGAAGGAUAUUACUCUCAUAUAUGAUUGCAGACCCGACCAGAAAGAUCUUAUAAAAGCUCUCGAAAAACUUGGCAAAGCUGAAAAAUCAGUAUGGAGGGAUAAAUUUGGUGCUCGUUUUAAAGCUAUAGAUCCAGAUCUUAAUGUCUCAUUCGCUACCAAAUUUGAGUAUUUGAUUGAGAAUAUGUACAGCUGUGGCCUGCCUAAGAGCUGGCGCCAGGUUCUAGAGGUACUAGAUCAGCACCUCCAGAUAAAGGUUGAUGAGGUGAAGGAUGGUAAGAAGGAGAAAGUACCUGUCUCUUAUUUCGUAAAAGCAUACAUGACGGAUAAUUAUGAUACUUAUAUUGGCAGAAAGAAAUAGUCAUACUUUUGUGUGCUUUCAACUUUCAUUUAGUCAAGUUUUUGCUAUUCUGAUAAUGAAACUUGUAAUGUUUUUUUGUGCAAC